AAAUUAUUUUAAACAAAAUACCUUUUAAAUUUAACUUUAGUUUACCCAUAUUUAAUUUAAUUCUACAAAACAUAGCCAUUUUUAAUAUUUAUUAUAUGCUAUCAUUAAUUUACCGUCUGCGCAUCGCGCGGGUCUCAUUUUAGUUAUUUUAAUGUCUAUUCUGAUUGAUGAGAGAACAAUAACACAAGUUUUACUCCCCAAAGCCCAAACACCACCAUCUUUUCCACACCAUGAAGAAGCUGUUCCUCCUUGGCACCUGGAAGUGCAACUGCUGGAAGCAAAGGUUCCGACUUUUCACCACCCUUUUGGAAGAUUUGGAUACCCCUCGUCUCCGUCACGUGAUCGCCACCAACAUUUCCAUUAGCAGGAGAGUUAGAUACGGCGAACCUGAAUUAGCACGCCACCUGUUCGACGAUAUGCCGCUUCGAACUGUUUCCACUUGGAAUACUAUGAUUUCCGGAUAUUCGCAAUGGGGCUGCUACGUUGAAGCUCUGGCCCUUGCUUCCCUCAUGCACCACUCUUGCGUCAAGCUUGACGAGGUCUCUUUCUCUUCGGUGUUGAGCGCAUGCUCACGUUAUGGGUCACUUGUUCAUGGGAAGCAAGUUCAUUCAUUGCUUUUGAGGUCUGGAUACGAAAGAUUUGGCCUUGUGGGGAGUGCUUUGUUGUAUUUUUACGUUCAGUGUUGUGGAAUUGGAGAAGCUAAGGUAGUUUUUGAGGAGCUUCAUGGCGGGAAUGAUGUGUUAUGGAGCUUGAUGCUUGCGGGUUAUGUGCAGCAUGACAAUAUGGGUGAGGCUCUGGACAUGUUUGAAAAGAUGCCUGAUCGUGAUAUUGUGGCUUGGACCAUGUUGAUCUCUGGGUAUGCGAAGAGGGAAGAUGGGUGUGAGAGGGCUUUAGAUUUGUUUUGGUGUAUGAGGAGUUCUGGAGUGUUGCCUAAUGAGGUCACGUUGUGCUCUGUUGUGAGAGUUUGCACUAGACUGAGGGCUCUAUGGCAGGGGAAGGUUGUUCAUGGGCAUUGCAUCAAGGAAGGGUUUGCUUUUGAUAAUGCGAUUGGUGGCGGGUUGAUUGAGUUUUAUUGUGAUUGUGAAGCCAUAGGUGAUGCCAAGAGAGUUCAUGAGAGCAUGAGAGGAGAAACUUAUUUGAAUGUGACUAACUUGUUGAUUGGUUGCCUUAUCUCCACGGGGAAGAUUGAAGAAGCUGAGAUGAUAUUUUACAGGUUGAGAGAGACGAAUCACGUAUCAUAUAAUUUGAUGAUUAAAGGUUAUGCUAUGAUUGGUCAUUUUGAGAAGUCAAAGAAAUUAUUCAAUCAAAUGAGUCUCAAGGAUUUAACUUCCUUAAAUACCAUGAUAUCUGUGUACUCCAAAAACGGUGAACUUGAUGAAGCUGUGAAGCUUUUUGACAAAACUAAAGAUGAGAAAAACCCUGUGACAUGGAAUUCGAUGAUGUCUGGUUGUAUUCAAAAUGGCCAAUACGUGAAGGCAUUAAAAUUAUACGUGAAGAUGCGUAGGUUAUCAGUUGAUUAUAGCAGAUCGACGUUCUCUGUUUUAUUUCGUGCAUGUUCAUCUCUAGGUUCUUUUCAGCAAGGACGGUUGCUUCAUGGCCACUUAACCAAGACACCGUUCCAAGCAAAUGUUUAUGUUGGGACUGCCCUUAUAGACUUCUACUCCAAAUGUGGUCGCUUGGCUGAUGCUCAAAGGUCAUUCCUCAGCAUUUUUUCACCCAAUGUAGCAGCAUGGACAGCUCUUAUCAAUGGGUAUGCAUAUCAUGGACUUGGAUCCAAGGCAAUUUUACUCUUCCACUCAAUGUUAGUUCAAGGAGUUGUGCCAAAUGCAGCUACUUUUGUUGGCAUUCUUUCUGCCUGCUCCCAUGCUGGUCUAGUUGAUGAAGGUUUGAAAAUCUUCCACUCGAUGGAGGAACUUUACAAAGUAACGCCAAGCAUAGAACAUUACACAUGUGUGGUGGAUCUUCUUGGUCGAUCAGGCCAUGUAAGAGAAGCUGAAGAGUUUAUUAGACAGAUGCCUAUUGAAGCAGAUAGGGUGAUUUGGGGAGCUUUACUGCAUGCAUGUUGGUUCUGGAAGGACAUGGAAGUAGGGGAGAAAGCUGCUGAAAAGUUGUUUAGCUUGGAUCCGAACCCAACAGUGCCUUUGGUAAUUCUGUCAAAUAUGUAUGCGGUGCUAGGUAGAUGGGGGCAGAAGUCAAUUCUUAGGAAGAGAUUGCAGAGUGUAAAAUUUAGAAAAGAUCCAGGGUGCAGCUGGAUUGAAUUAAACAAUAUUCAUCUGUUCUCGGUCGAGGAUAAAACACAUCCUUAUUCUGAUGUUAUUUAUGCAACUGUAGAGCAUUUGGCAGCAAGCAUUAAUUCUAGCAUACCUCAAUUAUCUCUAUAGCAGCAAUGGCAAACAUCAUGGAUAAUGCAAAGUUGCAAACUGCAGAUCCUAUGUUACUUCAGAUUUGGUCACUGAACUGAAUAUUUCUCUUGAGAGACCAUUGAGCUUUAACUAUUUUAGCAUCGAUCAUGCGAAGGAUCAAUAUAUCAUCAUGGUUUGCCUCUAAAUCAAUAAUGAAAUUACUUGAUUGUGUUAAUCAUUUAACAUAUUUUAUGCUUUCAUCAGAAGUAGCUGAUGUGAGUGACGGAGAACUAACCAGCUACCGUUAAACGUAUUACUGCUGAAUCUCAUUGCCUCAUAGGGUUCUUUAUCACCUCAAUAUGAAAGACAGCAAUUGGAAAAAUCCAGCACGGGGCCUGUGAUUUCCUUUUAACUUCUAUGAAUACUAUCUGAUAUUUCUUUAUCUACAGCAAAUGUAUUAUUUGUAGGUAUUCACAUUUUAAUUUGAAGACUGACUUCUCAGUUUUGCUUAAUUAACAUGGAACUUUUCGAAGAGGAGGACCCUGAGAAAGGAUUAGCUAGAGGGCUAACCACAGAAGAAUCCAUUCAUAUACUUGUUGAAUCAAAUGAUUGAUCUGAAAUUAGUCACCAAGUUCAUAAAGAAAUAGUUCAAAAAAAAAAAAAGGACUCAGAUGCAAUGGAGAAGAAAAGUCAUGCUGAUUUUUUAUAACAGUGCAUGGUCCUUACUAGGGGAUCUUUUGUGAACAUGUAAAGUAAAGUAGGCUAUCACUGGUUGCGCCUACUUAUCUAUGGUGCUCUGACUUUAAGUCUUGGUACCAUGUUCUUUGACAUUGGCUCAAGCAGUGAAUCAAUUCAGGCCAGAGCUUCACUACUUGUAUUUGUUGUUACAUUCCUUACCUUCAUUACUGUUGGUGCAUUCCCUUCUUUUGUGGAAGAUAUUAAGGUGUUUGAAAGAAAAAGACUGAAUGGACAUUAUGGGGUAACUGCAUACACCAUUUGCAACACAUUAUCUUUAGUUCCAUUCUUGCUAUUGAUGUCACUGAUCCCUGGAGCAGUGGUUUAUUACCUAGUUGGACUUCACCAAGGACACCAAGAAUUCAUCUACUUUACAUCUAUAC